CUGCAUCACCUGCAACCAGCAGCAGUUUAGUGCAAAUGGGCGGUGUUUUAUAUGGGACUAGGAAGACCCAACGACCAGUCAAGCCAUAUUUUCUGCCUGCUGGUGCGGUGCCGACUCGAGCACCAUGGCUAUAGUGAUGCGUGUGUGUAACUAUAUGUUGUGGCUGCACUUACUGCAUUAGUAGGCCACUCUUGUUUGUGGUUAUCCGGUCUGCCGUCCGUCCUGAGCGCCGUCUGUAUAGAUGCCUUGGCUGAGAUGAGUGUGAAGGCUUUUGAGCUCGUCCCUGCUGUGGAGCGAGAUCUCCUCAUGGGUGACAAAGCUCGCAUCAAUAUCGAGUGCAUUGAAUGCUGUGGAAAGCAUCUGUACGUAGGUACCAAUGACUGUUUUAUCCACCACUUCCUAAUGGAUGAGGUCACAUCCUCCAAAGGGAAGCUAAGUUACUCGGCUCAGAAACUUCUACACAAAUAUCUGGGCCUGAAGAAGGCUGUUGCUGAGCUGCGUGCUGCCUCUGCUCUGGAGCGACUGAUAGUGCUUUGCGAUGGAAUAGUGUUCCUUGUUGACAUGGUGACACUGGAGACUGUGCCCUCAGCAGCAGGAGGUGGAGCCAAGAUCAGAGGUGUAACUGCAUUCUGCAUUAACGAGAACCCGGUAAAUGGGGAUCCGUUCUGCGUGGAAAUAGGUGUGCUCUCAUCCAAACGAAGAACCGUGCAGAUUUACAUGGUUUAUGAGGAUCGAGUGCAGCUGGUCAAGGAGUUGACCACCCCUGAGCAGCCCUGCGCUGUCAGUGUUGACGGUUACUUCCUGUGCCUGGCCCUCACCACACAGUACAUGAUCCUGAACUACAACACAGGAGCCUCACAAGACCUCUUUCCUUACAACAGUGAAGAGAGGACACCCAUUGUGAAGCGGAUUGGCAGAGAGGAGUUCCUCUUAGCAGCACCUGGUGGUCUUGGAAUGUUUGCCAAUGCAGAAGGGGUAUCUCAACGAGCACCAGUUAACUGGUCAGAGAACGUGAUUGGUGCCACCGUGUGUUUCCCAUAUGUAGUUGCUCUGGACGAGAGCUUUAUUACCAUCCACAGCAUGCUAGACCAACAGCUAAAACAGACCCUUUCCUUCAGGGAUGGACACAUCCUGCAAGAUUUUGAAGGGAAGGUCAUUCUGGCUUCCACUAAGGCAGUUUAUGUCCUGGUGCCACUGCCACUGGAGAGACAGAUCCAAGACUUACUGGCCAGUCACAGAGUGGAGGAGGCGCUCACCCUCACAGAGGGAGCACAGAGAAAUAUUCCCAAAGACAAGUUUCAGAUUUUGCACAAAAGAAUCCUCCAGCAAGCAGGUUUUAUACAGUUUGGCCAACUUCAGUUUCAAGACGCAAAAGAACACUUCAGGAAGGGUCAGCUGGAUGUGCGAGAGCUGAUUUCGCUCUACCCCUUACUGCUGCCAGCUUCAUCAUCAUUCACACGUUGCCACCCUCCUCUCCACGAGUUUGCUGAUCUUAACCAUCUGGCGCAGGGUGAUCAAGAUAAAGUGCUGCGAUGCAAGAAAUUCCUUAUCAGUUAUUUGGGAGAGGCUCGAAGCACAGAGGUGGCCAAUGGCUGUAGAGAAGAUGUGGACACCGCACUGUUAAAGUUAUAUGCUGAGCUGGAUCAUGAGAGUCUUUUAGACCUACUAGCCUCAGAAAAUGCUUGUGUGCUACAAGACAGUGUCCCGUGGCUAGAAAAAUAUCAUAAAUAUUUUGCACUCGGGCUGCUCUAUCAUUAUAAUGGUCAGGAUUCUGCAGCACUUCAGUUGUGGAUUCAAGUGGUAGAUGGCAGUCUGCAGGAUUCCACGAGGUCUGACCUUUACGAGUACAUUGUGGACUUUCUUUGCUCCUGCUCCAGUCCUGACCUUGUAUGGAAGUAUGCAGGCUGGGUGCUGCAGAAGGAUCCCACUAAAGGCAUCCACAUCUUUACCAAGAGGCCGGUUAGUAAAGAUCACCCUGAACUAAGGCCUGAAGAUGUCAUCGCUUGCCUGGAAAAGCACAGCCAGGCCCUGCUUCUUUACCUGGAACAUCUGGUGUUGGAGAAAAAAAUAGAGAAAGAAAAGCUUCACACACAACUAGCUGUGUUGUACCUGGAGAGAGUCGUGUCUUUGCUGUCAAAGUCUCCACCAGAUGAAGAGCUGCUCACCAGAGCUAGAGACAGACUCCAAGCCCUGCUCAGGGAGUCCAACCUUUACCGUGCACAGUACCUUUUAGGUAAGAUGGAGAAGUAUGAACAGCUGCUGCUAGAGCGAGCAACACUACAUGGAAAACUGGAGGAGCAUGACAAAGCACUGCACAUAUUGGUCCAUAAGCUCAGAGACUUCUCUUCGGCCGAGGCCUUCUGUUUAUGGGCCUCGUCUAGUCGGGAUUCUGAGUAUAAACAGCAUCUUUUUCACCUGCUGCUGGGGGUAUAUCUUGAUAGAAACCCUUCGGGGAAAUCUCAGGCCACAGUGAAAAGUGGCAGUGUAGACCUGGAGAUGGCAGCAGUGGACCUUCUGAAUCGGCACGGCGAGGUGUUCGAUGCAGUUCGUGUCCUGCGCAUGCUUCCUGACGACUGGUCGAUGCAGCUGCUGCGACCCUUUCUGGGUCGAGCUCUCAGGGCCAGUAUGCACGCCUCUCGUACUUCUCGGAUCACUCUAGGGUUGGCACACUCUGAAAACCUUCAACUGCUGCAUGACCGGUUGAAAGAGAGGAAGAAACCCAUCUUUGUGUCAGCAAAGAAGGGAUGCCACCUGUGCCACAACACCUUCAGUGAGCCCGAUGUGGUGUGUCUACCAGGUGGAGUGCCCGUCCACUCCCACUGUGUUGCUCAGAGAGUGAGAGACUCUCCCACAAAGAGACAGUUAACCAAUAGCAGUAACCAUACGUGACAUUUGGCCCUUCAGACUGUCAUGUGAUCAAUGAUUUGAGGCACCUAAUUAAAGCAGGGUGGCAGCAGAAGAUUCUUUAAUGGCAUUCUUGAGAAACGUGAAAGAUUCAGUGCAGACGUGUAUAUGUGCGAGGGGGAGAAACGCAUGUCUGCUGCUUAUUCUUGUGUUACAGUUACACAGAACCACACUCUGAGCUGCACUUUUUAUAAAAGGGGAAAAAACAACAGCAAAGCCACUCUGUUUGUAAUUCAGAGAAACACGGCCCCUAUGCUUAUUUGUAGGUUCAACACUGUGCCUGUCCUUGUUUUUCAGUAAUCGAUUACUCUGAAGCAUGACUAUUACAACCACUCAUACUGUUCUGGUCUCAUCAACUCAUGUAAUAUGUAUUAAUAGUUCCCUGAAAUGCACAUCGCAGUGUUAGGUUUUAAUGUGACAUUCUAAUUUGCUCCUUGAUGCUGCUUUAUUUACAUCAUGGCUGUAAAGGGAAAGAAUGUUUUAAUUGUUGCAUUUCUGUUGCUGACAUACAGGCAGAAAUUCGACUUAUGAGAUUUUGAUCGCCAAAUCACAGUGAUGCUCUAAACCUGCUUUCAUUCAGUUCAUCUUAGGGUUCUAACCCUUUCUUCAGUUAAUCUCUAAUCGUUACUGAUCUAUGCCAGACACUAAAUUUAUACAAUUGCAAAUCAAACGUCAGAAUCUGUCUGCUCUUGUGUAAUGAAAUAAAUGAAGGGGUUUUCGUUGCCCGCACGCCAUCAUGGACCCAUUUUGUUUGUUUGGACACAUAAUGACUUAAAGUUAAUACCUGUGUCAAUACAAAACCAUUGUCAGUGAAAAUUAGUGUUUGUGUGAAAGCCUUGAGGAAGGGUCAGUACUUGUUUGUUCCAAACAGGUGAAUAGGUGAAGACAGCAUUCAUUACUUGUUAUAUCAUAUGUGAGUGGUGUGGUGUUUUUUUUGUUUCCAUGUCAAACCAGUUUUAUAUUUCCCCAUACUUUACAUACUCCAUUAACCUUGGUCUAUGUUAAAAGGAAAUAAUAAGACCUAUUAAGUAUUAGGAGUUACUAGUCCAUGGUAUGACAAGUAGUCAUACUGUGAAUGACAAUUAGUCAUACUUUGACAAAACAUCUUCGGCACGAGACUUGUGUUUUAAUUGUUUUACAUGGACGAGGAUGAAUAUCUACUGCUUUCUUAAUGAAAGACCCCUAAACCAGCAUCAUCAACUACUUUGAUAGGGCGAGAAUAUAUAACUGGAUAAAUCUCAGUUUUCAUAAAGCAGUGUUGUGGCCCUACUGUUUUGAUAAUGACAAAUAUAACAUCUGCCCUUUUGUAAUAGAGCCUUACAGUGCUUGUGUAUGUUUCGCACAGUGAUAAAGACCGUGUGAAAUUUUUUCCUGUACUGACGUUGCCUAUGGGAGAUUUGUAAUGUGUUGCUGUUGUUAAAUUGUGAACAUCUCAGAACCUGGUGAUGUUGCUACGUGUCUGUGUUUUCCAACAUGGCAGAGGGCAGGAUGCAUGUAUGAAAAAACCCAUAAUAAAAAAUCCAGACAUGGUCACAUGAAGCUCCUGUACACAUUACAGAUAAGUUAAACACUGUGUAUCUUCACCUUUUCUUGCUAAUCGUUAAAAUGUGUCUUGGAAAUGUGCCAUCGUGAUCAUACCCAGUCUUGAUUCUUGGAACACAGAAAAGAGGCCUUAAUCUUCCUCCAAACUAGUUCACCUCUAAAGAUCACCGCAAAAACAAAUUAUAGAUCAGAUACGUUUGUUUCUCUGUAAUCCUUUAUCAUAAACAUAUUUUGCUUGCUUCCCUGGUGCCUGUGCUGUUGAUGCUAGCCUUCUGUAAUUGCAGCCCAUGUCCAAAGCGACCAUGUGCAAACAUAACAUGAGAAAUAUAUGUUUAUUAUAUCUGAAUAUUGUAGUUAAUGUAGAUUUGACUGUGACAAACUCUCACAGCGUAUGCUCAGCAAUGUUCUCUCAGUUUAGGUGUAGCUUGCUCCUGACCAUCAACUUCAGUUAAUACCAGACAAAAACAGUACAGUUGACUAAAUAAGUGCAAUAGUAUUUCAUAAAAUAACUGUAUACUGGUACUGUAUGUACUGUAUAUACUGCAUUUGUAUAUGUUUGUCGCUUUCUAAAUUAACAACUGUGUGGAUGGAGUGUACAAAACCGUAAAUCCAUCCCAUUUUAAUAAACAUGAAAUAUCCACUCUUGAA